GAAGAGGCCCACUUAUGAAUUUGUUCUGGAAACCCUAACUAUAUAAACAAAGGCAUAGGCAAUUAAGCCUCUUACUCGCACCACCAUUGCAGCUAGGGUUUUUCAAGCUUCAGCAGCAGCAGCAGCAGCACACCUGCAAAUCAACCUUAGCCAUGUCGAGGAGAAAGACCAGAGAGCCCAAGGAAGAGACUGUUACCCUUGGACCAGCUACCAGGGAAGGUGAAUUGGUCUUUGGUGUUGCUCACAUUUUCGCCUCUUUCAAUGACACAUUCAUUCAUGUGACUGAUUUGUCUGGACGCGAAACAAUGGUUCGCAUUACUGGUGGCAUGAAGGUGAAGGCUGACAGAGAUGAAUCUUCUCCUUAUGCUGCUAUGCUUGCAGCACAAGAUGUUUCUCAACGAUGCAAGGAGCUUGGAAUUAAUGCCCUUCACAUUAAGCUUCGGGCUACAGGUGGGAACAAAACCAAGACUCCUGGUCCUGGUGCCCAGUCUGCUCUUAGAGCCCUUGCUCGAUCCGGAAUGAAAAUUGGACGCAUAGAGGAUGUUACUCCUAUUCCCACCGACAGUACUCGCAGAAAGGGUGGUAGAAGAGGAAGGAGGCUGUGAAUUCUUCUCAGCAACAUACAUGCUACAUGGCGGAAUAUUUUGGUUAAGAAUGCAACUCUGUUUGUGUUUUACAACUUAGUUUUGAACAUUUUGUAGCCAGAGUUGCAAGUCAUUCUGACUUGUGAUCAUUUGGAGCUUUUUCAAUCUUGUGAGAUGGAAAUUAUUUUGUUGAGUUGGAUUAGCAAGUUGACUUCGUCAUUAUCUUCAUUAAAAAGUGAACACUUUUUGUUGCUU